GUGACAGCCUUCUACCACCCAUCGAUCGAACUACUACCUUCGAGAGGCCUAGCCUGCUCGUUUACAACCCGAGAGAGUUUCACCGCAGUCCUGAAUUUGGAAGAGGUUGAUCUGAUCAUCACAAUGCCGCCAGCGUCGAUGUACGGGCAGCAGCUCUUCGGGCAUAACCUCAAGUCGCACGGAGCGCAAGUCCAAGCCAAAACGUUCAACCACGAUGUGGAGGCGACGAAGCGCUGGUGGGGAAGCCCUCGGUUUCGGUACACCAAGCGCCCGUUCAGCGCCGAGGAGGUGGUUUCCCUUCGCGGAACCCUCCCGGAGACAUAUCCCUCAGACAUACAGGCACGAAAGCUGUGGGAACUGCUGGAGAAGAAGCAUGCUCUCGGAGACUUCUCUCAUACGUUCGGGGCGCUGGACCCCGUCCAGGUGAUCGAGAUGGCGCCGCACCUCGAAACGGUGUACGUAAGCGGCUGGCAGUGCUCAUCGACCGCCAGCACCAGCAACGAGCCCGGUCCAGACUUCGCCGACUACCCCUACGAUACGGUGCCCAACAAAGUCGACCAGCUCUUCAGAGCGCAGAGGCACCACGACAGGCGCCAGAAUGACGAACGCUGCUCCAUGAGCGAGGGCGAGCAAUUGUCUGCCCCCGCCGUAGACUACCUCCGCCCGAUCAUCGCCGACGGGGACACCGGGCACGGUGGUCUCACGGCGGUCAUGAAGCUCACCAAGAUGUUCAUCGAGAAGGGUGCCGCCGGCAUCCACUUCGAGGAUCAGAAGCCCGGGACGAAGAAGUGUGGGCACAUGGGAGGCAAGGUGCUCGUGUCCAUGCAAGAGCACUGUGACCGCCUGGUGGCGGCUAGGCUGCAGGCCGACAUCAUGGGCACCGAGACUGUCAUCGUGGCCCGCACGGACGCCGAAGCCGCGUCCUUGCUGGACAACAACGUCGACCCACGCGACCACCCCUUCAUCGUGGGAGCCACUGUCCCAGGCACCAGGCCUUUGAACGACCUCGUCCGCGAAGCACGAGCCGGAGGCGCGUCGUUCGAAGCUAUCGACAAGCUCAGCAAGGACUGGGGCGAGAAGGCCGGUCUCAUGCGCUUUCCCGAGGCCGUAGAAGCUGCCAUCCACUCCAUGCGCGGGCUGCAAGGGCGCGAUCAGCGGCUGCAAGAGUGGAAGUCGAAGGCCUACAGCCUGAGCAACGCCGAGGCUAGGGUGCUGAGCGCUAGGCUUCUUGGCGGCAAGCAGGUCUACUUCGACUGGGACGCACCCCGUAGCCGCGAGGGGUAUUUCAAGCUCAAGGGUGGCGUCGACUACUGCAUCGCCAGGGGGCGUGCCUACGCGCAGCAUGCCGACCUGCUGUGGAUGGAGACGGCCAAGCCCAACCUUCCGGAGGCGAGGGCCUUCGCGGAAGGUAUCCACGCCGCGGUGCCUCACCAGAAGCUGGCCUACAACCUCUCGCCCAGCUUCAACUGGGACGCCGCCGGUAUGUCCAAGCAGGAGAUGGCCGCGUUUAACCGGGAGCUGGGCCGCCUGGGCUUCGUGUGGCAGUUCAUCACCCUGGCAGGCUUUCACUCGGACGGGCUAAUUGUUUCCCGUCUCGCCAAGGAGUACGGAAAGCAUGGCGUGAUAAAGUACGUGGAGCUGGUGCAGAGGCCCGAGCGCAACGAGCAGGUGGACAUCCUCACGCACCAGAAGUGGUCUGGCGCCAACCUCAUGGACAAGCAGGUAAACAUCGCCACGGGCGGCCUCGCGUCCACGUCCGCGAUGGGCGAAGGAGUGACCGAGUCUCAAUUCGUCCGCCACGGAGGUGGUGGCGGAGGCGGUGCUCACAGCGGGGCCCGCUCGGUGGCCGUCUCUCCGGCAGUCGGCGCCUCGGGCAUCAGGGCCAAGCUUUAG